ACACAGUAUAUAUGGGUUUCCACUUCCAGCAUCUGUGCGAUCUGCUCUUAUCGCUCGAACGCAAUCGAAUACUCAAAGCAGCCACCGAGUCCAGAGCCACAGACCCAGACGCCCGCGUCGUCAGCCGCUGGUUCACACAACAUGGGAAACGGCUGCGCUGCGCAGACACAGACCAGCUCGCUGUCCUGUCGUGUCUGUUCCCGGAAAAACGCCCCGACAGGGUCUACAUGCUCCAGGAUAAUUCGCUGUCCCGAGUCAUCGGCCGAUGUCUGCUCCUGGGGUCUUCUCGACGAGAAGAGCUCGAUCGAUGGCGGGUGUCCGGCGGCGCGGAUCUCGGUCAAUGCGUGGAGAACGUGAUGCAGCAGGCUGAGAACCAUCUGCUUCCGGGACAGGAGGUCACGGUCGAAGAGAUCGAUGGCGUGUUGACUCUGAUUGCGUCGCGGAGCAGGUUCUCGGGCCCAAAGGUGCGCAGGCAGCGGGCGGCUGUGGACGUCGAGGAGGCGCUGUCGCCGAUCUAUCGUCGGUUGAGUAGCAGGGACGCGAAGUGGUUGACGCGCAUGAUCCUGAAGAGCUACUAUCCGGUGGCUGUGCCGGAGAGGGUUGCGCUGAGGAGUUUUCAUUUCCUCUUGCCACGGCUGCUUCUGUUUCAGGACUCUUUCGAGGCGGCGCUGAAGAUGCUGACGACGGAGCCGUUGGUGUGUUUCCCUGCGCAUCCGGAUCCUGGCCAGGCGAGGGAUUUGGGCGCUAUAGCCCUGAGGCAUUUGUAUCCGGUGACGGGGGUGAAGAUUGGACGCCCGGAUUACUGGAAGGCGAGGAGUAUCAAGCAUUGCUGCCGGAUGAUUGGUGGUCGACGGAUGAGUAUAGAGAAGAAGUAUGAUGGCGAGUACUGCCAGAUUCAUAUCGAUGUUUUGGGGCAGAAUCAUUCCAUCCGGAUCUUCUCGAAGAGUGGAAAGGAAUCCACGGAGGAUAGGUCCGGCAUAAACGAGGUCCUCAAGGAAUCGUUGAGACUCAAAUCACCUGGUUGCAAGUUUUCUCGGCGGUGUAUUCUGGAAGGUGAGCUGGUAGUAUGGAGUGAUGAACACCGUAAGAUUAUGGAUUUUCAUAAGCUGCGGAAGUUCAUCUCAAGGUCUGGGACUUUUAUCGGCACUGAAGAUGACUCGCAACCACAUCCUGACGAACAUUUGAUGAUUAUCUUCUUUGACGUACUGCUUCUUGAUGACGAUGCUUGCCUGCGCAAACCCCAUCGAGAAAGACGCUUGCUUCUCAAAGAUCUAGUCAAAGUCAUCAAUGGCCGGGCUGAUAUAGCCGAGCAGCGAGUCCUGGACUUUUCCCAGCACGGGAGUCAGUCGCGACUAGAGGCCCUUCUCGCAAAAGGCAUCGCUGAGCGAUGGGAGGGGUUUGUCUUGAAAUCCUGCGAAGAUCCUUACUUCACCUUCUUUUCUGGCGAUGCCAGCGGCUCCUGUGGCAGGUGGAUUAAGCUGAAGAAAGAUUAUAUCCCAGGGCUAGGCGAUACAGUCGACUUGACUAUCAUCGGUGGGUCAUACAACUCUCGAGACGCCGUUGCACUCAAAGAACGACAUAAGAAGAUCCUAUGGACGCAUUUCUUCGUCGGAUGUCUUCUCAACAAAGACAGCGUCCUGCAGUUCAACGUCAAGCCCCGAUUUCGAGUGAUCGACGUGAUUGACCGCAACGGCAUCAGCCCCCAGAAUAUGCGCAUCCUUAACCAAAUCGGCGAGUUCAGCGCUUGCGAAACGGAGUCAGAUCUCGGCUUCGAUAUAGAACUCGGGCAUGACAGCUUACCUCGCAUGAACACCGUAUAUAAAAAGCCGUUUGUUGUCGAGAUGCUCGGUGGCGGUUUCGAAAAGCCCUCAGGAGCCAGAUACUUCACGCUUCGAUUCCCGAGAAUCCUUAAGAUUCAUUCAGAUCGGUCGUUCGAGGAAGCUGCCUCUUUCGCGGAACUGCAGCUUCUGGCGGACGAUGCUCGAGCAAUCCCCUCUGAGGAACUGAGGCAGGAAGAGCACGAAUGGUCCAAACGAUUGAAGCUGGGUGACGGCUCGUAUAAAUACAUCGUUGACCGGUCUCAGAGCGUGCUGACGACGACCACCUCAUCAUCUCAGACGGCUUCGUGCGUCGCGAGUGAUGAAACUACUAUGACUGUGUGUAACCUGAGACAAUCUGGAGGGGCAUCCUCGUGGGUGACACAGCAAGAGCAACAUGAGGUGCACCGUCCAGUUACAACUCAUAUUCCAAUCUGCAUUGACACCUCGAUGUCAUCCAGUCCGCCAUUGGAUGUAUCCAAUUCCGCUGGCAAUUACCUCACCAGCAACGAUAACCUAUCAUCUAAUCCAAGCUCGCGGCAAAGAAAAACUUCUACAUCGACAUCGACAUCAGAUAUGGAUCCCAAACUCACCACUCCAGCCAUACAACAGACCAAUGAUCGUGAAAAUGUGCCUAGCUCCAACAUGUCCAGCAAACCAACUUCAUCACAGCAAGUCGGAGAGCCAAAUACCGCCGAACACCAUCAAACCAAGUCCAUAUCUAACACUCAGACCCCCAAGAACCACAUCCCCAAAUCUCCAUUACCCACUAUCCCAAUCUAUUUCAACGACACUCCCUGCAGAGACGAAGAAGACCUCAUCCUCGCCAACACCCUCCCCACGACCUCUUCCCUAGAUGCCUUUCUCACAGCUCUCCAAUCUCAACCUCAAUCCCACCCCUCACGCUCACCUCUCGGCCUCAUCCUUCUAAAUACCCACAAAACACCCCUCGGUCCAUUGCUCCUCACAUUCAGCAAAUCGCUCCAUCACCAUCUCCAUACCCAACCCACCACCACAAGCACGCAGUCCCCACAAAGUGGAAAGAUCAUUGUCCUUGACGCCGCGUUCCUUAACAUCCCCGCCACUGCAGAAGACACCAGAUUCGGGCUGACACAGACAUGGGAGAACAUUGGGAGAGAGUAUUUUUAUGCGGCUGUUACUUGGAAUCGGGAGACUCCUGCUCGCUAUUCUAGAGAUCUGGCUUUUAGGGUGAAAGAGAAGGGUGAGCAAGUGUCUGAUGAGAUUCCGUGCACGCCUAGUUUUAUAAAUGGAGCACGCGGGGUUCAGACGCAAAUGCAGUGCUGGUCCGAGUAUACCUGGUCAAAGAGAUGA